AUGUCGACAUUGUUGUUGAUAUUGCUCAUAUCAACACUUGGUAUCGACUCUACACGUGGAACAUGUGUGGCCGACUGUGACUGGAGUGUGGGAGAGUGGGGAGAAUGCAGUAGAUCGUGUGGUGGAGGGUACCAAACCAGGAACAGAACACGUUGUUGUCAUGACAACGAAUCCUCGGAAGUAUGCCAAGAACGAUGUCAGAGCAGGCCGAUUGGCGAUGCCCCCGAAACCAACAGACCGUGCAACAAGAUUUGCUUCAAUGGAGGGGAGUUUGAUGAAAAUACUGGUCAGUGUAGGUGCAGACAGGGAUGGACAAGUACCUGCUGCCAAGAGGUUUCCACGUCCUAUAAAUUCACUUGCAUCUCUACAAGCAAACCAUACCAGGCAGUUGAUCCUCAGGUAGCCGAUGAACCAGAGACUACGUCUCUAAGCAGGGUCUAUGUCGUGAAAGCACAGAGGCCAAAUGAACCUUUCAUCAAGGAAAACUAUGUGCCUCUGAACAUAAAUAUAGUCAUCCGAUUAUGCUCCUACCACGCCCAGAGCAUAGGUGGGUGCGCGAUCAACCAAACAUCAACAUAUCUUAACUUACUUCAUAACGGCGCGGUGAUCUACAGUGAGAGGAGUGGGUAUCUUAGAGAUGUGAGCCAUGUCUUCCUCGAGAUUCCUUUUGGUGACAGAGCUCUUGAGUAUGACUGGAUCCCAGAAUUUCUCAAUGUAAAUGGCCAGUUUUCACACUUCCACUGCUCAAGGGAGUUUUCACAUGAUCAGCAUACUGUCCUUGGGCGACACCGACGACGGGCCAGUCGAAGUCUGAAGAUUGUAAUACGCACAAGUGGAAGUCUCUACUCAGGUACUAAGGCCACCAUCACCAUGAGAAUUACCGGCGACAAGGGCAGCUCUAGCAGCAUGAACAUGGACGGAAGCUUUCAGAGAGGAGAUGUUGAUACCAGUUACCGCAGUAUCAAUGAGAUAGGAAGGAUACAGAGUAUAAGGAUAUGGACUAGUGGGAACGGAUAUAAUCCAAACUGGAAGUUAGACUGGGUGCACAUUUAUGAACGUUCUGAAUCGAGUGUAAAAUAUGAAUUUAGAUGUGACUGCUGGUUCAAGGGAAAAGACAAUGGUCGAGACCUCUGGCAUGGCACAGCUUGCCCGGGUAUAUCCAACUGUCUAACACAGCGUUGUCGAACCUGUACAACAUGCAAGUCGCGCUCGAAGGAUGUUUUCUUCAGAUUAUCUGCAAACAAAAGAAAAUGUGACAUCACCUGCUCAUACGUGGACAACAGGUGGUGUUGGCCUGGCAACUGUUCCAGUGGUCUGAUGACAUCCUGCUCGUGUGAAAGUGGAUUCAGGAAGUCAGGGAACUCCACCUGUGACAGUGAGUGCUUCACGAUUUGA